AUGGCGCCGUCGCCGCUGUGCUCCGCUUCCCCGCGGCCGCUUCGAGCCCCAGGCCAGCGUCCCCGAGACGUCCGCCCGCCGCGGACGGUCGUCGUGGCCGCCGGCACCCGUGUGAGCGGAGCGGAGGCUCGCGCGUCGCUGGUGCUGGCCCUGGCCUCGCAGGCGCUCUCCGCCUCGCAGCGCCGCUUCGCCGACCUCGCCGGUGAGGCCGCCAAGUACGCCUUCCCGUCCCGCCGCUUCGAGCCCCGCACCCUCGAGGAGGCCCUCAUGUCCGUGCCUGAUCUCGAGACAGUUCCGUUCCGUGUCCUGAAGCGCGAAGCAGAGUACGAGAUCAGAGAAGUGGAGUCAUACUUCAUUGCUGAAACAACGAUGCCUGGAAGAUCUGGGUUUGAUUUCAACGGAUCAUCUCAGUCAUUCAACGUGCUGGCAUCUUAUUUAUUCGGUAAGAACACAACCUCUGAGCAAAUGGAAAUGACAACGCCUGUUUUUACUCGGAAGGGCGAGUCAAACAGUGAAACAAUGGACAUGACGACCCCAGUGAUAACAAAGAAGUUAGCUGGUAAAAAUAAAUGGAAAAUGUCAUUUGUGAUGCCAGCGAAGUAUGGUUCCAACUUGCCUCGCCCAAAAGAUCCUUCUGUGACUAUCAAGGAGCUGCCCAGCAAAAUAGUUGCUGUUGCAGCCUUUUCAGGUUUGGUUACUGAUGAUGAUAUAAGCCAGAGGGAAUCUAAAUUGCGUGAAUUUCUCCAUAAAGAUACCGAGUUUAGAGUGAAAGAUGAUUCAGUGGUGGAAGUCGCACAGUACAAUCCACCUUUCACACUUCCAUUCACAAGGCGAAAUGAAAUAGCAUUGGAGGUUGAGAGGAAUGAUAUAGCCUUAUGA